AACAAUGUUACUGGCAGCUCGCUAAGGCCGGAGCCAAGCUUCAUCGCAUCGCUAAGAAAGUGGUCGUACUUGUGCUUCCUGCAGUUGGCCAGCUUCUUCGCAAUAGCCGGGAGAAAAAUAAGGUUUAAUCACUGGUUUGAUGUUGGUGAAGCAGCGAUGGAGGUCGAUGGUGAUUGAGCUAAUAAUCGAAGACGACGCUGCCCUUGUAUCAUAGACGAAAUUAGGGUUCACAUCUAGUUCCUCAUAUAUCUCCCCUGCCUUCAGAAUGGAAGGACAGGGACGGAUGUUGAGAUUGGAGCCAAUAGUUUGGCUGGCAGGGGCAAGUCAGAAUUGAUUUAUGCCAGCAAUCUUCUUUAUUUACUCAAGUCGUCUUUAAGAGGU